GAUUCUAUUUCCUCUAUUUUGGUUGAUCGGGUAUUUUCCUUUGAAGAAUGAUUGGGACUUCCAUUGUUGAGGCUAGCAAACAACUCCUUGUUCACUACAAGAAUAGUGUUCCUUAUCAUUUAAAGGUUAUCGAUGCGUUUCUUUUAUAUGUUGCCUUUACCGCGGCUAUUCAGUUUGUAUACGUCUUGCUCGUGGGGACGUUUCCUUUUAACGCCUUCUUAGCUGGAUUCUUUUCGUGUAUCGGAGUUUUUGUACUAACAGUUGGUUUAAGGAUGCAGUUGAAUCCACAGAAUCAAAGUCCUGCCAAUCGAUGGCAAAGAAUCAACCCUUCCCGUGCUUUUACCGAGUGGUUGUUUUGUAACUUGGUCUUGCAUAUUGCUGUUAUCAACUUUAUUGGAUGAGUCGACACAUUCCUUAGUAUUCUUUUGUAACCAUAAAGCUACCACAAGUCUACGGGAGUUGUUGUGAAAGGUUGCCUUUGUAUAUUCCCCAUUCCAUCCAGUAGCUUGUUUCAUUCAGUCAAUAGUUAUCUACCAUACUCUGUACAGUUUAUUUUGUCAGAG